GUUCUGACCCAUAGCUGAUGUUCUGUGAACUCUAAAUAGUUCAAUUUGAAAUUUAAAAAACAAAAAGAAAAAUGAGUGAAAUGUUGUCAUUUGAAUAUUAUUCAUAUUCUUUAAAGAAUUCUUAUCAAUUCUUUCCCAUUCAAAUGAAUAGUUACGAUUAAUAUUUUGAAGAUAUAGGUAUCUACAUUGUUAGAGUAUUGUGUAUAGUUGUGACAACAACGGUCACCUUUGUCCAAGCACUGAUUAUGGAAUUUAGUUGUUUGUCAACUUUCAGUCGAAUCAGUUCCUCUUAUAUGAAUACGAUGACUUUUUUCACUAUUUUUUUCAUGUAAAUUUUUAUUUAGUUCAACAGUUGUUUCUUUAAAUUUAUUCAGUUUGACGAUUAGACUUGAUCCGAGCUGAUAACAUGAAUAAAAAUUCAAUAGCGAUCAUUUGUCUUAUUGUGUGCGCUUUCUAUUCAGUUCAAGGAGUUGAUCAGAACAUCGAAGAGGAAGAAAUUCGAGCAAGAGCAUUUUUAGACGAACUGAACGAUGAAUUAAAUGAACGAAGAAGCAAACAAACUACGGCUGAAUGGAAUUUUAACUCGAAUAUUAACUCGAAGAAUGAAGAAAUUAAAAAUGCGAUAGCUGCCGAAAAUGCCGAAUUUUUCAAAGAAACAGCAAAUCAAAUAUUGGCCUUCGAUUUUAAAGCGUAUAAAGAUGAAGAUCUGAAGAGGCAGUUCAAAGAGCUCUCUAAACUUGGAUAUGCAGCACUUCCACGUGACAAAUUUAAAUUACUCAAUGAUGCAAUCAAUGCAAUGGAAUCCAACUAUGCAAAAGUUCAUAUUUGCUCAUUUAAAAAUAGAACGAAAUGUGACCUUCAACUCGAGCCAGAACUCACUGAAAUACUGCUAAAAAGCGAAGACCCAGAAGAGCUCAAAUAUUAUUGGACACAAUGGUAUGAUUUGGCUGGAACUCCGACACGUCAAGAUUUUGAAACAUAUUUGAGAUUGAAUAAGGAGGCCGCAGUCUUGAACAAUUUUACGUCAGGCGCGGAAAUGUGGUUAUCGGAAUACGAAGACGAUACAAUUGAAGCGCAACUGGAGAAUAUAUUUGAAGAAAUACGCCCACUUUAUCAGCAAUUGCAUGCGUAUGUCCGACAUUCAUUGAAACAGAAGUAUGGUGAUCUCAUCCAUGAGGAUGGACUGAUUCCAAUGCAUUUACUGGGAAAUAUGUGGGCACAGUCGUGGGACAGCAUAUAUAAGCACACCACUCCAUAUCCAAAUAAAAAAUCAACCGAUGUGACAGAAGAGAUGAUCGCACAGAACUAUACACCAUUCAAAAUGUUUAAAUUAGGAGAACAAUUCUAUGAAUCACUAAAUAUGAGUGCAUUACCACAAUCAUUCUGGGAACGAAGCCUCAUCGAAAAACCAAUCGAUGGACGCGAAUUGAUAUGUCAUGCAUCCGCUUGGGACUUUUACAACGAGAGCGAUGUGCGCAUAAGUCAAUGUACUCGCAUUACAAUGGACGAUUUAUACACCGUUUUCCACGAAAUGGGUCACAUUUAUUAUUUUUUACAAUACAAAGAUCAACCAAAUGUGUUCAGAGAUGGUGCAAACCCAGGAUUUCAUGAAGCUAUUGGCGAUGUUUUUGCUCUCAGCCUGACGCCGAAGCACUUGGAAAAAAUAGGAUUGUUAAAGAGCUAUGAACGUGAUGACGAAGCCAAAAUCAAUGAGCUUUACGAAAAGGCCCUGCAGAAGAUAGUUUUCCUUCCGUUUGCCUAUUCUCUAGAUCAAUAUCGUUGGUCGCUGUUCCGGGGAGAAGUUGAGCCUGAUGAUUACAAUUGCAAAUUCUGGCAGAUGCGCGUCGCAGCAUCUGGUAUAAAGCCACCCGUCCAACGGUACAAAGAAGAUUUUGAUCCACCCGCCAAGUAUCAUAUUACUGCCGAUGUCGAGUACCUACGCUAUGUGGUGUCAUUUAUUCUACAGUUCCAAAUAUAUAAAGGCACAUGUAUUUUAGCCGGAGAAUAUGACCCGAAUAGUUCUCAUAGUGUACUUUCUGAUUGUGACAUAUAUCAAAGCGCAGAGGCUGGAAAUGCACUCAAAAAAAUGUUAUCGCUGGGGCUUUCAAAACCGUGGCCAGAAUCACUUGAAAUUGUUACGGGCCAAAGGAAAAUGGAAGCAUCAGCUUUAAUCGAGUAUUUUAAGCCGCUUCAAGACUGGCUUGAAAAAAGAAAUAAAGAAACUGGAGCUCACAUCGGUUGGGACCUGGAUUACGAAUGUCUAUCAAAAGCGGACAUGGAACGGAAUGAACAAAACUAGUGCUUGCCUGGAAAGGAUUAAAUAUUUCAGAAUAAAAAUAGUACACAUACAAACCUUUUUAUCUGAGCAAAUAAAUCUGAACUAAAACCUACAAUGUGUGUUAAAA